AUGGCAGAUCAAAAGGCAUCCGAGAAGGCGACAACGCCUCUCAAGCAAUCCUCUCCAGCUCCCGAGGCUGAGUCGCCCACCACUGCACGUGAGCUCGAGUUUGAUGAUGGGCCUCAGGAGACAGGUGUAAUUGGAGGAAAGGAAGGUGAAUCUGGUGCACGGGUUUCGAGCACAGAAAAUCCUCCGCCCAAGCCGCCCCGCCCAAUGAGCCCCCAACAACAGGCCGAGGCAACGCUCAAAGAAGCUUUCCCUUCUGUCGACAGUUCGGUGAUUAAAGCAGUGCUCGUCGCGAGCGCGGGAAAGAUUGAACCUGCGUUCAAUGCGCUUCUGAGUAUGACUGAUCCAGAUGCUCGGGCUGAGCCCACUCCUCCUCCGCAGCCUCCUCGGCCCUCGAAGACUGCCCGAUUCACUAGCACUGGGCAGAGCCAGAUUGAAGCGGAUGAGCAGUAUGCUCGCCAACUCGCCGAACACUACGGCCAUCCAGGAUACGGCUCGCGAGGAUGGGGCGACCCUCCGUUGCCACGACGUCACCAGGAUAGCGGACUGAAGCCCAAUGAGCUCUACGAUGAUAAGGAGCACAGCUUCAUAGAUGACGAUCUCCCUGUUAUCCGCGAAAACAUCCGCAAAGGAUUCUUCGAGACCCAAACGCGGGUCAACAAAUGGGUUUCUGACUUUAGACGGAAACUAGAUGGAGAAACAGAGGAAGAGAUCAACAAGCAAUCGAACGCCCCCACCGGCCCAGCAAAGGGCUACAACCCCGGCCCGCCCCAACAGCCCUACGGAUACCGACAGCCCGGAGAGAUUGGGCGUCGGAGUGGUGACCGCGAUCGCUAUGACGCCGACCCAGCAGUGCUCAGCGAUGACUUUACCGCGCUAGAAAUGCGCGAUGAUGAGGCUGUCUCUCCUCCGCCCCGUCGUUCGAGCCGCCCGCUCGCCAACCCUGAUUUGUUCAAAUCCACAGCUCAGCCUCCGCAAUCUGGGCCCGUGGACGAAGUCGAUGCCGCGGCCCGUGCUCCCAUCUCGGCGCCCAGCACUGGCCGGCGUGCCUCAGCUUCCGGCGUUGCUUCUGCACCUGCCAAACAAAGCAAGUGGCAACCUUUGACAUCCAUUGACCCAGCUCCAAUUACCGACAAUGACCCGUUCAGCCUUGGCGACAGCGAAGACGAGCGUGAGUCCAAGACAAAGGAUGUGCGCGCCGAAGCGUCGGAACGGCUCAAGAAGGCCGCAGCCGAGAGUAAAGCCACCGAAGGGUCAGAGCAACAAGACGCAUCGCAGCACCGGAAGAGCCUCGAACCCCAUGCGCGCUCAGGCAGUUUGGGCACAAAAGACCAGGUUGCGGAAGAGAAAUUGACUGGUGGAUCAUAA